AUGAAAUGUCUAGUAAGCGGUGACAUGCGCCACCUCACCGAAUCACACUGGAUCUCACUGCUUACCUGGUACUUCCCCAUCCGGACACAAAGAAAGACGGAUAGAGGACAGGUCUGCCUUCAUUCGUCGACGGACGGGGGAGAAGCCUCGCAGCGACACCGACUAGGAAACGAGCUCAGCGGCCGAUUUCUUCCUGCACGAGGUGAUCCUUCCAUGUGCUUUCUGCAGUACCUGAAGGAGGACGCGCACCAGGGCAGGAGUGUGCCAAGUGUGCAGGAAACCUGCGGUUCGGAGGGCAUGGCGGAUCCGCAGCGCGAUACACGUGUGGUGCGCUCGCAGCGCAUACGGAUCAUCGUUGUGUCCGUUUCUCCAGAGCCAGUAGCACGUGGGAGGAGGCUCUACCCCCCGGCUUACAUCUAUCAAGCAGAGACUGUCAGCGUGUCUCGGCGAAAUGCAGCAACGCUGCCCACGCUCGCCGCGGUGACGCGAUGGCUUCUCCUGACUGCUUUUGGACAAAUACGUAUGAUCUCUGAGAGCCUAUUCCAACAACGACGAGGACACGCAGGCAGCUGCAACCGACACUAG